AUGCAGCAGCUGGUCGGCUCGCUGCUGGAGGUGACCGUUUCUCACCAAUUUGAUUCAGAUUUGGUGAGGGAGGAGCAGAUUCACAACCCUAUUGAGAGGAGCUCGCAGUUUGCCCAUCGGGAAGUUGGCCCCAAAGGAAAUUGCUGUCGCCUAGAAGGAUGCCAAAGAAGAGAUGGUGCUCUGGAAGUUUCCUCGAGUGCUCCAAGAUUGUCAAAGGCUUUGUUGCCAAUCACCUGGGAGCAGAAGGAGAACAGUCGCUGGCUUCAUCGCUUGUGGUGCUUGUCUUCUGGUUCGUCCUCCUCUUCCUCCUCUGGUGCAGCUUCACCUUUGGGCAGGAGCUUUCCUGUGAUGUUCAUCCACAGCCCGCACACCCCACGUGAUGACCUUCUUGGUGGCCAGCUGGGAUGUGCUUGGCAACUUCCGGAAUGCAGAAGAUUUCAAAGCCGGUGCUUCAAAGAUUGCACCUUUGCAGAAUCUGGAGUCAUCCAUGCGCUUCUCAUCGAGAUAGUGGGCAGUUGCAGCUGGGCAAUGUCUUCGGGCGUUUGCCUAAGUCUGACACUGAAGCUGGGGUUCCUGGACGAAGGAAUGCGGCUGCCACGCAUUUGCAGUGCAUAG